UUCUCUUUCUCCACAAAUGGAUACUUAUCAAAACCCAACGUCUCAUUAUCCACCUGCUCAAGGAUAUGGUGCACCAGAAAACCCUGCCAAUUAUGUAUCACCCAAUGACUUGAACUUGAAUCAAAUGAAUAUUCAUUCAAACCAACAACAUCACCCUUCUCACCAUCCUAGCUUCCAUCUUGGAGGGACUGAAUAUCAUUUACAUCGCCCUCAUCUUCAUGAACUCAAGGAUCAAAUCUUCCAUCACCAAGGACCAACCGAAGUUGUGUGUGGCCCUUUACUUCGCUAUAGUGAUAUUGAUUACCAUUCUCGUACCUGGCGCGGCUCUUGCUUGAUUGUAUCCAAUGAACAUCGAGCACCUCCUCUCCAUGUAGAACUCAAGUCUGGCCAAAGUCAAGUAUUAGAAUUCCAUGCUUACCGUUUGGAUAGUUUCCGACAUCGCUACCACUUUUGGCGUUAUGAGCUCAUGCUACCUUUGACCUCACAACCUCAACGAGUGGUGUACUCGACCCCUAGUUUACCUGGUCAAACCUUUGAUUUCCACUUACCUGCCAUUCAAGAAUCGAUGCGUUUUAUGUUCCACUCGUGUAAUGGGUUUUCUGAUAUACCUCAAGAAGUCAAGGACAAGUUUGGUGGAUUGGAUGUUCCUCUCUGGCAAGAUGUCUUGGAUCGUCAUCAAGUCAUGCCUUUCCACGUUUUGAUUGGUGGUGGUGAUCAAUUGUAUCAAGACAAGAUUAUCAAAGAAGCCUUUAUGAAACCUUGGAAUGAUGAAAAGGAUCCCAAAACGCGUUUGGCUAUGCAACUAUCUUCUGAAAUGAUCGAAGGCAUGGAAACAUUUUAUUUCAACAAUUAUAUUGACAACUUUGGAAAAAAGAAUCCAUGGGUUGCCAAAGCCUUUGCUACUAUACCAUCAAUCAAUAUGUGGGAUGAUCAUGAUAUUAUUGAUGGUUAUGGAUCGUAUCCUUCUGAUAUGCAAAAUGCUCAUUGUUUUAAAACUCUAUUUACAAAUGCGUGUCGCUUCUAUUACCUUUUCCAACAUCAUACUACGGUACAAUUGGCAGAACAACAUGGGAUGAUUCGUGGUGCAAAACCGGAAAGUAAUAGUGUAGUGACUACUCUUGGUCCUGAUAUUGGUAUUCUAUCCUUAGAUUGUCGUGGUGAACGAACUAAACAUGAUAUUUGUAAUCCUAAAACCUAUGAUACUGUUAUGAAUGCUCUAUAUACACGGUUGCCAACUACUGUGAAACAUUUACUUGUGGUUACUGGCGUUCCUCUCAUCUAUCCACGACUUACACUAUUUGAAAAGGCUAUGGACGGUGCAGCUGGGUUCAAUUUGGCAACAUUGGCUGGCAAGACUGGUGCACUUGGUGAUGUGAUCAAUGGAUCCUUAAAUAAAUGGAAUGGUGACCCUGAAUUAUUAGAUGAUAUGAAUGAUCACUGGACCGCUGGAAACCAUUUGGUGGAACGAAAGAAAUUCAUUGAAAGUUUACAACAAUAUGCUCGUCAUAAAUCUAUUCGUGUCUCAUUCCUUGGUGGUGAUGUUCAUUGUUGCGCUGCAGGCAAAUUAUACUCCAAGGAUAUGAAGGAAAAAGAAGAAGGCGAUCCUUAUCUUAUGGUUCAAAUUAUCUCAAGUGCUAUUGUGAAUGUUCCUCCUCCUCAAGCUCUAUUGACUAUUCUGAAUCAAAAUUCAUCUUAUAUUACAUUCAAUGGCAAUACUGAAGAAAAAAUGUUUAAUAUUUUCAAGAGAUCACCCAAUGGAAAUACGCGACAAAACAAAAAGCUAAUGGGAUGCCGAAAUUAUUGCGCAGGAUAUUUUGAUGAAGCAACUGGUAAAAUCAACUUUUGGAUUCAAGCAGAAAAGGAAGUUGGUGUGAAGGGCACAAUGGGUUACCUUGUAGAUGUUCCCAAAUUAGUAUUUGGACAAGCUGGUUACCAUUUACAUACUCAAGGAAAGCAACAUUUAUUAUCAACAAGAGCUGGUUAUGGUUAUAAAGACUCUUUCCCAGGCAGUCAUCAUCAUCAAC